AUGCUCGAUAGAUUGGUUGGGCAUUAUUAUUAUUGCUUCUUGGAUGGCUAUUCGGGCUACAACCAGAUAAUAAUUGCACCUGAGGAUAAAGAGAAGACCACAUUCACAUGUCCAUAUGGCACGUUUGCAUUCUUGAGGAUGCCUUUCGGUUUGUGCAAUGCCCCAGGUACUUUCCAGCGAUGUAUGAUGGCUAUUUUCAUCGAUAUGGUGGAACAAUAUGUGGAGGUAUUUAUGGAUGACUUCUCUGCUUUUGGGGAUUCUUUUGAUGACUGCUUGAACUAUCUUGAUGCUGUGUUAGCUCGUUGUGAAGAAACGAACUUGAAACAGAGGUUAGUGUCUGCUCCUAUUAUCAUCGCACCCGAUUGGUCUCUGCCGUUUAUUUUGAUGUGUGAUUCAAUUGGUUUUGCUGUGGGAGUUGUCCUUGGUCAGAAAAGGGACAAGAUUUUUCAUCUUAUUUACUAUGCCAGCAAGACUCUUGAUGUAGCCCAGAUGAACUAUACUGUCACAGAGAAGUUAUUGGCGGUAGCAGAUCACUUAUCGAGAUUGGAAGAUUGGGAACAUGUGGAUGAAGCAGUGGCGAUUAAGGAGAAUUUUCCUGAUGAACAACUCUUUGCUCUUCAAUCAGCUGAGGUGGCAUGGGUUGGCACAAAUCAGUUGAUCAGAAGAUGUAUUCCAGAGAAAGAGGUCUCCGCGAUUCUCGAGAAGUGUCACUCAUCACCCUAUGGGGGACAUCACACUGGUGACAGAACCACUGCAAAAUAUGAGGUGAAACACAAGAUAGCGACCGCUUAUCAUCCUCAGACGAGUGGUCAAGUGGAGGUAUCGAACAGAGAAAUCAAGAGGAUUUUGGAGAAGCCUGUGAGCGUGAAUAGGAAAAAUUGGUCACUGAAGCUCGAUGAUGCUCUGUGGGCAUACAGAGCAGCUUACAAAACUCCGAUUUGCACAUCUCCCUAUAAGCUCGUCUUUGGUAAGCUGCAUGAGUUGGAGGAAUUUCGUUAUCAUUCUUAUGAAAACACGAAAAUGUACAAGGAGCGAACUAAAAGAAUUCAUGACAAACACAUCGAAUCUCAUGACUUUGAGCCUAGGCAGUUAGUCUUGCUGUAUAACUCUAGGCUGAAUAUUUUGGGUGGAAAGUUGAAGAGUAAGUGGUCUGGGCCAUUCGAGGUAGUUCGUGUGAACGCACAUGGAGCGGUUGAGCUAAAGAAACCCAACUCGGAUGAGACAUUCCUGGUGAACGGGCAGAGAGUGAAGCAUUACUACAGGGAGGCCACUGACCGCGCGAGGUCCUCCAUCGAUCUAGAAGAGGCUUGA